AUGGUGAAACUUUCUGAUUUCAAAGCUGUUCACAGGCUUAUUCGUUCGCAUUACAGUCGAGUCAAUCCGGUCGUAACUGGCCGGUCAAAACUCUACGCUUCGUCUUCUCCGGCUCUUCCUUUUAAUGGGUUUUCUCAGUUUCAGCCUAAGUCCAGUUUCCACACCUUUUCGUCGAGACCCACUUCGCAAAACGUUGGCUUGUCUCAGAUUCUAUCACGCCCUAACCUCGUUUCUGGUUUGCAGAAUUGCGGCAAAGUUUUGGUUAAGCCCCGUGUUGAUAUGAACUUUGCAUCGGCUUUUAGAUUGUUUUCGAGCUCUGGGUUUCGUAAAAUCGAUGGGAGUUUCGCUAGGAAAGUUGUUGAUAAGCCAAUCAAAGCUGUUAGUUCGACUUUUGGUAGAUACCGAGUGGCUUUGGGGUUGCAGGUUGACGCAUUUUGGAAGAAGAAUAACCUUGUGGUGUUUGGAGCAGGAGCUGUUUUUGUAUGUAUUUUCUUGUGGAGGAUCAUGUUUGGGAUUGCUAGUACAUUCGUUGGUCUCUCUGAAGGAAUGGCUAAGUACGGUUUCCUUGCUCUCUCCUCUGCCAUUGUCGCAUUUGCUGGUUUAUACCUUCGCGCAAGGUUCACGAUAAAUCCCGAUAGAGUUUAUAGGAUUACCAUGAGGAAGCUCAAUACAGCGGCUGAUAUUCUAGAAGUUAUGGGUGCUCCUCUGGCAGGAUCGGAUUUGCGUGCUUAUGUGAUGUCAGGUGGUGGCAUAACAUUCAAAAAGUUUAAGCCAACAAUAAGAAGCAAGCGCUGCUUUCUCCUAUUCCCGGUUCAAGGUUCUGAGAGAAAGGGCCUUGUUAGUGUUGAAGUCAAGAAGAAGAAAGGCCAGUAUGACAUGAAGCUACUAGCAGUGGAUAUUCCAAUGGCAUCUGGUCCUGAUCAACGCUUAUUCCUUAUUGGUGAUGAAGAAGAGUACAGAGUCGGUGGUGGUUUGAUCUCCGAGUUGAGAGAUCCUGUGGUGAAGGCAAUGGCAGCAACCAAAGAGUUUGAUAAUCUCGACAGAAUCGAAGAGGAAGAAGAUGCCGAAAGAGAACUUGAAGAAGCCGAAAUGAAGCAACGAGAACUUGAAGAAGUGGAAAGGAAGGAACGAGAACUUGAAGAAGCGGAAAGGAAGGAACGUGAAGAAAUUGAGAAGCUCGAAAAAGAGAGUUCUUAG